AUGGACCAAACAAUCUGCAUAUGGAAUGUAUGGAGCAGAGAUCAGAGGAAAGCUGUGUGUUUAGCUUUCACAAUGCAGCUGCGAAAGAUGUUAAGUGGUCACAGCAGGGGCUAUUUGUGCUUUCUUGUGGAUAUUACUGUUCAUGAUGUUAAGUGGUCACAGCAGGGGUUAUUUAAUUUUAAAGAUGAUCAGGUUGUUGGAGUUAUUAAUUUCCAUCCAGAAAACUCAAACCUAUUCCUUUCUGGGGGAUCAAAGGGCAGACUCAGAUUGUGGGAUGUUAGAACUGGCAAGGUGCGCAUGAAUACAUUCGUGGUCAGGGUCCAAUUCUUGAUGUUGAAUUCACCAUUGAUGGGAAGCAAUUUGCGUCUUCAAGUGAUGUUUAUGGGGGUAAUGUCAGUGAAAAUUCUAUUAUCGUUUGGGACAUCUGAAGACAGGUUUAUAAAGAAGCUUACACUUGUCCUUGUGUUAGGUACCACCCAUUUGAUCCCAUGUUUGUGGCCCAAUCAAAUGGAAAUUAUAUUGCCGUUUUCUCUUCAAUUCCCCCCCUUCAAGCUAGACAAGUUUAAAAGUUAUGAAACCCAUGGAGUGUCAGGAUUUCCAAUCAAGUGCAAUUUCAGCUUGGAAGGGAAGAAGCCUGUCCCUGAUUCCCCAUAUGAUUCAGUAUACUUCAAUAACUCUCAAUCUUCAUGCUUGUCAGGAUUUGAAUUCUGA